UCUUCUGGCUGGCUCUCUCGGUCAAAAAGAAACGUAUCCAGCGAACACAGUCGAGCGGAGAGUCGGCGUAAGAUUCCAAACCCUAAUCAUCACCGUCUAUUGCAUUUCCCUGGCGCACCGAGAAUUCGAUUUGUUUCUAUGCCUGCUCUAGCUUACGCGGCAUUUUUGGCUGAUUCCCCGCUCUUGCUGAAGAUUCUGUACUAAAUUAUUGGGCUCCUGCAGAUGGAUUUAGUCAAUAGUUGCAAGGAAAAGUUGACAUAUUUUCGUAUAAAAGAGCUCAAAGAUGUACUCACCCAGUUAGGCCUUUCAAAACAGGGAAAGAAGCAGGAUCUUGUUGAUCGGAUAUUAGCCAUUCUCUCAGAUGAACAAGUUUCCAAAUUGUGGGCUAAAAAGAAUGCUGUUGGAAAAGAACAGGUGGCAAAAUUAGUGGAUGACACGUAUAGAAAGAUGCAGAUAUCGGGAGCAACUGAGCUGGCAUCAAAGGGUAUGUCAGAUAGCAGUAAUGUGAAAAUUAAAGGUGAAAUUGAAGAUUCCUUGCAGUCAGUUACAAAGAUUCGGUGUCUCUGUGGAAGUUCUCUGGAAACAGAGGCCCUGAUCAAGUGUGAGGAUGCAAGAUGCCAAGUGUGGCAACACAUGAGCUGUGUUUUAAUUCCAGAUAAACCUACGGAAGGCAUCCCGCCCGUUCCUGAUAAAUUCCAUUGUGAGAUCUGUCGGCUCAGUCGUGCUGACCCUUUUUGGGUUCCAGUGACACAUCCUCUGCUUCCCGUGAAGUUGACCACAACCAAUGUUCCAACCGAUGGCACUAACCCUGUGCAGAGUGUGGAGCGAUCAUUUCAACUCACGAGAGCAGAUAAGGACUUGGUGUCUAAACCAGAAUUUGAUGUUCAGGUCUGGUGUAUGCUUCUGAAUGACAAGGUCCCAUUCAGGAUGCAGUGGCCUCAGUAUACAGAUCUACAGGUCAAUGGUGUGCCUGUUCGUGCCAUCAACAGACCCGGUUCACAGUUACUUGGGGCUAAUGGUCGAGAUGAUGGUCCAAUUAUCACGCCAUAUACAAAAGAUGGAAUAAACAAGAUUUCCUUAACGGGGUGUGAUGCUCGCCUUUUCUGUUUAGGGGUUCGUAUUGUGAAAAGGCGGACCGUGCAACAGAUCCUAAGUAUAAUUCCAAAGGAGGCUGAUGGUGAGCCUUUUGAAGAUGCUCUUGCACGUGUCUGCCGAUGUGUCGGUGGUGGAAAUGCAACUGAUAAUGCUGAUAGUGACAGUGAUCUAGAAGUUGUUUCUGAUACAUUUAGCAUCAAUCUCCGUUGUCCAAUGAGUGGUUCAAGGAUGAAGGUUGCUGGAAGAUUCAAACCUUGUGUUCACAUGGGCUGUUUUGAUCUUGAAGUUUUUGUGGAAAUGAAUCAGCGGUCAAGGAAGUGGCAAUGCCCUAUCUGUCUCAAAAAUUAUACCUUGGAGAACAUUAUUAUAGACCCUUACUUCAACCGUAUCACAUCUCAGAUGGAAAAGUGCGGUGAAGAUGUGACAGAGGUUGAAGUGAAGCCUGAUGGUUCUUGGCGUGUUAAGGCUAAGAGUGAUAUUGAACGCAGGGAUUUGGGUAAUCUUGCACAAUGGCACUUCCCUGAUGGAUCGCUGUGUGUUUCUAAUGAUGAAGAAGUCAAUAGAGUGGAUGCAUUUAAGCAGAUUAAGCAGGAGGGUGUUUCUGACAGCCCUAAUGGUUUAAAACUUGGCAUGAGGAAGAACCACGAUGGAGUUUGGGUUUUCAGCAAACCCAAUGACACCAAUACAUCAUCAGGCAAUAGAUUGAAAGAGAACUUUGGAAAUCAUGAACAGGUGGUUAUUCCCAUGAGCAGCAGUGCCACAGGGAGUGGCCAUGAGGGUGAUGACCCUAGCGUAAAUCAGGGUGGUUGUGGACAUAUUGAUUUCUCUAACAAUGGGACGGAAAUGGAGUCUUUCUAUCUUAAUAAUGUUGAUUCAGGAUAUGGGUUUGCAGACAAUAACAUGACUGCUCCCACUGCUGAUGCUGAAGUUAUUGUUCUAAGUGAUUCUGAGGAAGAGAACGACAUGUUGGUAUCUUCUGCAACUGACUACAAGAAUAAUCAAACUGAUACUGUUGGUGUUGGCUACCCUGUGCCGCCUUCUGGAAUUGCCGAUUCAUAUGCAGAAGAUCCCACCCUUGGCUGCUUGGGACUUUUCAAUACUAAUGAAGAUGAGUUUGAGAUGCAUUCCAUGUGGUCAGUGCCUUCUGGAACUCAGGCAGGUGCAGGAUUUCAGUUAUUCACUUCUGAUGCAGAUGUGUCUGAUGCCUUGGUCCAUUCGCAGCAAGAUCCUAAUUGUUCCACAUCACUGAACGGUUUUGCAUUGGCUCCAGACGCUACUUUAGCAUCUAAUACUCUCAUGCCAGAUGCCUCUGCUGGUCGGUCUGAUGCUGAUUUAAAUGGUGGUUUAGUUGACAAUCGGCUGCCAUUUGCUGGACAUGAUCCCUCGCUCCAAAUAUUUCUCCCCACUAGACCUGCAGAAUCAUCUAGGCAGCAUGAAUUGAGAAAGCAGGCAGAUGUGUCUAAUGGUGUUUGCAAUGAAGAUUGGAUUUCUCUUAGGCUUGGAGGUGGUGCUAGUGGUACCAACAGCCAUGCUACGACACCAAAUGGUCUGAAUUCUAGACAGCAAAUUCCAUCCAGAGAACCUUCCACAGAUGCUAUGGCUGACACUGCUUCUUUGCUUCUUGGUAUGACUGAUGCUAGAUCUGACAAGGCGAUUAGACAAAGAUCAGAUAACCCCUUCUCAUUUCCCCGCCAAAAACGUUCAGUAAGGCCCCGCCUGUAUCUCUCUAUCGAUUCGGAUUCAGAGUAGAGGUAUAAGACGGCAUGUUUCUGCAAGUGUUUCUGGUCUUUUGUGAAACGGAAGUUGCUGCCGCCUGAGGCAUCUCCAGUGGAACAGAUUCAUGCUCAUUUUGCUCCUGCCAAAAUGCUUGCAUCUGCGGAGUAUCACUUCCUUAUAUGUAAAGAUGAUGGCUGUAAAGAUUUCCAAUUCUUUGUACUUGAUAUUUAAGGUUCCCGACACAUGUUAACAGGACAGGCGCAAGCUGUUACUCCUCAAUAUUCAAUGAGGAUCUGGUGGGGUAUAGUGUCGGUACUUGUACAGAAAUGGGUCAUUUGCUGGGUGAACUUAUUGAAGAGGUGGGCGGUUCCCCUUAGGAAUUAAUAUACGCAUUUUUGUCUCUGCUGAGCGAAUAACCUGUACAUGCUAAGCCAUCAGAUUCAAUAGUAAAAUUUAAAGUUUAGUUGCUCA